AAUGGCAAAAGGAAAAGAAGUUGAUCAUUAAAAUCGGCGCUUUACGGGUUAAUUGUAAACAAAACUGUAGUAAUCGAGAGCGUGGCUGCAUUCAAAUAACAGUUGACGAGCUCGGGACGAGUGGUCGAUAUGAUGAGUUCGAAGGAAAGCGUCGUCCUAAAUUGCCGCACAUGCACCCGUGCGUGCAAAUCGUACAAAGCACUGCACGACGAGAUCGAGCUUGGCCCUAGUGAUACGACAACUCUAGCCGGUAUGCUGAGCUUCUGUUCGAGUUUGUCGUUUGAGCUCGAUGACAGUGCUGGAUUGCCGCAGCACAUUUGCCUGAGUUGCCUGCAUUUGCUAGAGCAGGCAUUUAGUUUUAAGCGAAUGGUACUCGAUUCCGAUGAAUUGUUGCGACUGAGCCUCCUUCAAGGGCAGGGUAUUACCGAGGAGUACGUAAUGUUUGAAAUGCUGAACGAGGAGCAGGAACGUUCAACGCCCACGCCUACGUCCACACCCAGACCAACGCCAACACCUACUCCUGAUGAUGUUGCGGCCCUAGUGGAAACGUUAAGCGAUCCGCCUGAGGCGGAAUAUGUUAUCGAGACCAUUGCGGAUACGAGCUUGGAGGAUGGCCCAGAGGGGCUAGAAAUGGCCAACCUACGCGAAUUGAAUGCGGCGGAUGUUGAGUUUGUAACCAUCAAAAGCGAGUACGACUCCCUAGUCGAAGAUGAGGAUGAAAUCGAGGUAAUGGAUUGCCCCGAGAGCUCUGACCAAAUACUUGGAGAGGAAAUAGUUGUUAUACAUAGUCCGAUCGAGGAUGACAUUAUAGAUGAAAACAUUGAUAUCGAGCGGGCGGAGCACCUGCUGACGACGGACGGCGAGAAUAUAGACGACGAGGAGUUUCUGGAUGAGGUGCAACCGUAUAUUUGCAAUAUUUGCGGCAAGUCCUUCCGCCAGCAAUGUCGCCUCAAUCAGCACAUGCGCGUCCACACCGAUGAGAAGCUCUAUUCGUGCGAGGUGUGCGAUAAGAAACUGAAACAUCUCCGCAACUACAGAGAACACAUGCUGACACACACAAAUAUAAAGCCACAUCAAUGCAACAUUUGUGAACGCUUCUAUCGCACCACAUCCAGCCUGGCGGCACAUAAGCGCACACACACCGAAGAUAAGCCACACAAAUGUGAUACCUGUGGCCGCGGAUUUGCCGCACUUGAUCACAUGCGUCGACACAAGCUCACCCACACCGGGGAGCGUCCUUUUGCGUGCGAUCUGUGCGACAAGGCCUACUAUGAUUCCUCAUCGCUGCGCCAGCACAAAAUCAGUCAUACCGGCGCCAAAGCGUUCACCUGUGAGAUAUGCGGCCUGGGGCUGUCACAGAAGUCCGGCUAUAAGAAACACAUGCUGGUGCAUUCCGGAGAAAAGCCCCACAAAUGCCACAUCUGUGGACGUGCCUUCACUUUUACCAGCAAUCUGAAUGCUCACGUGCGUCUGCAUUCGGGCGAGAAACCGUUCAAAUGUGAGCACUGUUCAAAGGCAUUUCCCACAAAGAAGCGACUCCUCAGUCAUAUGCGUGUCCACAACAAGGAGGCGCCCGUAACUGUCACCGUAACCCCAACCCCAGUUGGCGUCUCUGCCCCUCGCCCAGCUGUACCGAAGGAAACCUAUCGUACUGGCCAAAUGCCCGACGUACCUGAUCAGCAAGUGUCGACCUCAAAGGUGAUUGUGGUGCUCUGAGUGUUGGCAUCGCCAUCAACCGACUAAACACUAAAUAUAAUAUUAAUUGCGGAUAUACCGCCUGAUAUGCCCGAUUCGAGGCUCAUUUUAUAGCUAGAGUUGGAAUUCGCCUGCCAGGCCUAGAAAAUACUUUUUUCUUAUUUUUUGUCACACAACCGAAUGUUAGAGCGAAAUUUCUGUAAAAAGGGAGUUUAGAGAAAAUAAGUUAUACUUAUACGAGUAUACCAAAAUGCAAAAAACAUGCAUUAAACAAAAAGACGAGUUAUUUUAGUUUAUUUUUUUCUUACCCACCAUCCUUCUCCAUGUUCUGCAAUCGAAUUUGCUAACUGAAUGGUUUUAAUUUACAGUUAACAGUCAUUUAGAGUAAUAUAACUUUUUUAUGUAUGUAUGUAUAUCAAUAAGAAGCCUUUUAUUGAAUGACGGGA